AACCUCUGUCGUGAGUAAAAAGAGGGUACUCAUUAUCUCGCAACCAAAUAUCUCGUCUCUGUCUCUUCUCUUUCUCACAUUUCUUCCUCUUUUCUCUCAGAUUUGUUUAGUUUAGAUCCGAAAAUAUAGAAAAAGAUAUAAUUUUGCUCUAAGAGACGUUUCAGAUUAAAAAUUGAGACAGUGAUGAUGAAUAAGAAAGAGAGAAAAUGGACUUGAGUUUUGAAUAAGUAGUUAGUGUCUGUAUUUCUGGUUCUCUUAUCGUAGGUUUAAUCCAAAAACAUCAUGUAAGCCGAACAGAACUACUUGUUGAAGCCCAAAAGUCUGUAAAUAACUUAAUGAAGAAGUAGGAAGCAUUCCAAAAAAAUUCAUUUGCAGUUGUUGCGAAACGUAACAAUAUAAGAAGAAAGGAAGUGGCUUUUGCAGGAGUAGUGAAAUGGAUGAGGUGGAAGAGAAUUGUUUGGACUCUCAGCUUUGGCAUGCUUGUGCAGGAAAUAUGGUGCAUAUUCCUCCAGUGAACUCCAAAGUCUUUUACUUCCCACAAGGUCAUGCUGAGCAUACGUGUACAGAUGUCGAUUUCACUUCACUCCCGAGAAUUCCUGCUAUGAUCCUAUGUAGAGUUGAUGCUGUAAAGUUCUUAGCUGACCCUGAAACUGAUGAGAUUUAUGCCAAGAUUAGGCUUAUUCCAGUCGAAAACAAGGAGCAUGACUUUGAAGAUGACACUGUUUUAGGAAGUAGUGUGGUUGAAACAACAGAGAAGCCUACUUCAUUUGCUAAGACAUUGACUCAAUCGGAUGCGAAUAACGGGGGUGGUUUUUCAGUUCCCAGGUACUGUGCAGAGACAAUUUUCCCCAGUUUGGAUUUGAAAGCUGAUCCACCUGUCCAGACUGUGAUGGCUAAGGAUGUUCAUGGUGAAAUUUGGAAGUUUAGGCACAUUUAUAGGGGCACGCCAAGGAGGCAUUUGUUGACGAGUGGUUGGAGUACAUUUGUGAAUCAGAAGAAGCUGGUUGCGGGGGACUCCGUUGUGUUUCUGAGGGCUGAAAAUGGUGACCUUUGUGUUGGAAUUCGCAGGAUAAAGCGAGGUGGUAUUGGUGGGACGGAAAUCCAAUCUGGGUGGAACUCUGCAGCUGGUAAUUAUGGUGGAUCUUAUGCAUUUUUGAAGGAAGAAGAGAACAAUAUGAUGAGAAGUCGUAGUAAUGGAAAUCUGAAUUCUCUUGGUGGGAGAUUUAGAGAUAAGGGAAAAGUGAGCCCUGAAUCAGUUGUUAAGGCCUCAUAUCUCGCUGCUAGUGGCCAGCCUUUUGAAAUUGUUUACUACCCUCGUGCAAGCACUCCAGAAUUUUGUGUUCGGGCGUCUUCUGUGAAUGCUGCAAUGAGUGUUCAAUGGUGCUUAGGGAUGAGGUUCAAAAUGGCUUUUGAAACCGAGGAUUCUUCUCGGGUCAGCUGGUUCAUGGGAAGUAUAUCUUCGGUUCAGGUUGCUGACCCCGUCCGCUGGCCUUAUUCACCAUGGCGGCUUCUUCAGGUAACAUGGGAUGAACCAGAAUUGCUGCAGAAUGUAAAGCAAGUCAACCCAUGGCUUGUUGAAUUGGUUUCUAAUAUGCCCGUCAUUCACCCGUCACACUUCUCACCACCAAGGAAAAAGUUGUGUUUGUCACAAGAAUUUGCACUUGACCGCCAAUUUCUAUUACCUUCAUUUUUGGGCAACCCCCUCAGGUCGAGCAGUCCUUUUUGUUAUCUAUCUGACAACAUCACUGCAGGCAUACAGGGAGCCAGGCAUGCUCAAUUUGGAGUACCUUUAUUGGAUCUCCACCUUAGCAAAAAGUUACAGUUGGGAGUUCUACCACCCGUUUCCCAACCAGUUGAUGCUGAUUCCGAAAUUUCUAAUGGCAUCAGUGAAGUCGAAAAAGAGAGCAACGAAAAUAUAUCUUGCUUGCUUACCAUGGGUAUCUCUAGUCAGAUGUUGGAGAAAGCUGAUAAUGUGAAGACACCUUGUUUUUCACUCUUUGGCCAACCAAUUCUCACUGAGCAGCAAAUGUCAAGUGGCCGCUCAACUAAUGCUCCUCCACAAGAAGCAAAAUUCGAAACUGAAAGAAUUUCUCUGGGCUGGAAAGGCCUUCCAGAAAGUCUAUCAAGCGCUACGUUUCUCUGGAAUCAAGGUUAUCACGCAGCUGAACUUGGCGCCAGUACUGGUCACUGCAAAGUAUUCCUAGAUUCAGAGGACGUAGGGCGUACUCUUGAUCUCUCAGUUGUAGGAUCAUAUGAAGAGCUGUAUAAAAGACUUGGAGACAUGUUUGAGAUGGAAAGAUUAGAUAUGAUGACCCGUGUGCUCUAUCUAGAUGCAACAGGGGCAUCUAGGCAAAUUGGAGAUGAACCAUUCAGUGACUUCAUGAAGACUGCAAAAAGACUGACGAUUCUGAAGAACCCUGCCAUCAGUGCUGUCAGGAAAUGGCUCACUGAUCUGCCAGUGCUCAACGUUGUCUAAGAUUCCUCAAACCAGGGAGGAGCAAAAUUAGCUUUUAUUGCGUACGUGAAUAAGUAUCUACCUCUAGUGUCAAAGAAGACUAUAGUGGAACAUGGAUAUGUUUUAAGGAUGUUCAGUUUUCUUAAUGUUGGAAAUAAUGCGAAGGUCGUUCUGCUUACCACUUCUUGCUUAGCUGUAACCACAUGUUAGUUAGUGGUAUUAUCAAAAAGACAUCAAAUUUUAAUCAUGUGGAAGCAUAUUUUUAUUUCUUCCA